AUGAGCAAAAGUUUUAGCAAUUUUCUAACAGGAGAUAAGGAGCAACAACUUCUGCAAAGCUUUAUACGUACUGGAGCUCAAGCAGAUGAUGAAUCACCCGGACACUGGUCCGCGGACAAAGGAAAUGACAAGCGAGAUAGCUCUUCGAUGCGAAAGGUGACGCCAGGUUUUAAUGGUGAAAAAAGAAAAAAGUUGACAAAGCAUGGGGAAAUUCUAAAUGACGUAGAUAAAGCUGCGGCUUCCAAUGUCAACCGCGGAGUUCGCAUUGAAACGGAACUGAAGGCGGCCCGAAAGAAGAAUGACGAGCAACUUCAAAAAAAGCGAAAGCCGAAAGAAAAUUUUGUAGAUUUUUACACGGACAAGGAUCGUGCGGCUGCAGUUAGCGCUGGGACCUACGAUAUCAAGCAAAGUUUACAGAUAAAGCAGCGACAGGAUCGCAACGAGGCUCUACUCAUUCCCGAGGAAGCGGACGUUAACUCCAUUAUAGCCCUCGGUUUGAAAGAAAUAAAAAAUGCCAAUCCAGAGAAUGCUAUUCAUUUCUUUUCCAAGGCGUUGGAAUUCAACAGUACUGACGUGAACGCGCUUGUGUCACGUAGCAAAUGUUAUCUUUUAUUGGGCGAAGCAUACAAAGCCCUACAAGAUGCUGAGACUGCGUUAAAAGAAGAUAAAAACAAUAUACGGGCCAUAUACCAAAAAGCUGAAUCUCUUUACUAUUUGGGGCAAUUUGAACAAAGCCUGAUGUACUUUCAUAGGGGCCUUAGAGUUCGUCCAGAACUGAGUUCUUUUCGCUUAGGCGUGCAAAAAACGAGGGAAGCAAUAGAAAAUACUAUUAGUAUGAAUAAUAAUCAAGGGAGAUGUGGAGUAAAAGUAAAGUCAUUAAAGCAGAGGAAACCACAGACGUCUUCAAAUAAUUUGCUCCAACGUAAAGUGAAACUUACAAAGGAAGAACUGGAGCGGAGAAAUGCCCGAAAACUGUUAGAUAAAUUAAGCAUUGAUAAAGAAUAUUUGGAAAAGCUACUAAAACACCCAAACUUAAAGCGGGCAGACACAAACACAGAAAAUAUUUCAAAUUACGCCAGAGAAGCAGUUAAUUUUUUGAAUAAACGUCAAGAGUUUUGGCGCCAACAGAGACCUUGCGUUGCUUUGCAAAAUCACAAAGUUUUUCCACCAGAUUCUAUGCCCAAAUGGUUCUAA